AUGUCUGACUACAAGCCAACCGAGCACGACGGUCUCCGCAAGGACGGCCAACCCGACCAGCGCGUCCACCAGGAAGGCUUCGCGCACGGCAAAGUCGACCCCGUUGAGGCUGGCAAGAAGGGCGGACAAUCCUCGGGCGGCGACUCGUCCAGCAGCUCGGGCGGCAGCGAGAAUCCCCAGGGCGCGGCCCACGUCGGCGGCGAGGGUUUGAGGAAGGACGGACAGCCAGACCAGCGUCUGAAGAUGAACCAGGACUCCUAA